AUGAAGUGGAACACCAAACAAGAGAGUUUAAGGCAGGUCCUGGACGAUACGAGAUCGUUCUUCAUGCGCGCUGUGACUCACCAAGUGCACUCAAUGCCGCGGACCCAGAACAACAACCUCGCCACCGUUUGUGUUGUCCUGGAGGCCGCGUACAAGGCUGCCCUUCUAUCGGGCGCCCUAAAGAACCCCAAGAGCCUUAACAACGACGAUCGGGGACUUAACGUCGAAGUUAGGCCAGGCAAGUACAACUGCAAGCGCAAGGGCCACUAG